AUGCAGUGUUCCAUUCAAGGUUGUUCCGAUAAGGCAAAAUCUUUCUGCAGCUGCACUGAGUCAAAUCAAUACCUUUGCGACUCCCAUACAGAUCUUCACUUAAAAUCCACUUCCUCUUCUGAUCACAAGCUCGAAAAUAUAUACACCCAACCGGUAUCCCAGACCAAGCAAUCAUUGUUGCUCCACAUCGUCAAAAAAAUCAGCGAUCUCAAGAAGUCUAAAACCAAGUCUGUCGUGGACUCCAAUCAAGAAAUCCGUGAAAUUCAAACCCACAUGGAAAGUGCCUUGGAAAAGUUUGAUUCUGACAUAAAGUCCUACAUCGACCUGAUGGCAGAAAUCAUAUCAACCGAAGAAAUCGUGAAAAAUGAUAUUUUUUUCAAAAUAAAUAGAAAAUUUAUCAUAUAUUUUUUUUUAAAAAAAAUAAUUAAUAUAAACAGGUAUAAAUCCUUUGUUAGCACUCUCCUUCAGCUUCCAGAAGAAGACGCCCUCAGGUUUCUAGACGAGUUUUAUUCAUCUUCACCAAAAACUCAAGACUUUUUAACCUCGCUGAACAUUUCUAAAAAUGUUCAAACAGAAGCCUCAAUCCCAGAGGAGACCAAAAAUCACGAAAAAAUGGACAGAAUUUACAUGGACGGCUGCUUUGACCUGAUGCACUCAGGACACUUCAAUGCCAUCAGGCAGGCCAAAUCUCUAGGAAAAGUUCUGGUGGUCGGUGUUCACUCUGAUGCAGAAAUCACGAGGAAUAAAGGCCCACCAGUGAUGAACGAGCAAGAAAGAUACCAAUUAGUCAGAGCUUGCAAAUGGGUCGACGAAGUUAUGGAAGAAGCCCCAUAUUCGCCCACAAUUCAGCUUCUAGACUCUUUGAACUGCCAAUAUGCAGCUCAUGGGGAUGAUUUGAGUAUUAAUGCAGACGGCUCUGACUGUAUGUCAAUACUAAAGCGGGCUGGAAGAUGCAAAAUUUUCAAAAGGACUGAAGGGAUUUCAACAACCACUUUGGUUGGAAAAUUAUUACUAAUGACCCGUGAUGAGCUGCUAAAUAUAGAGCAGCCUCGAAAAUCAAAUGAAAUUUCUUCAGUAAAUGACUCUAUCCAAGCACAGUUGGACAGGAAGUCAAUUCUCACCACAAGUCGUAGAAUAAGCGAAUUUUCGAAUAAAAAAGAACCAAAAAAUAGUGACACCAUUGUGUAUAUUGACGGGACCUUUGACUUGUUCCAUGCUGGACAUGUAGAGACUUUGAGAAGAGCCAGGCAGUUUGGGGAUUAUUUAUUAGUAGGAAUUCAUGAUGACCAAACAGUAAAUCAUUAUAAGGGGUCAAAUUACCCUAUAAUGUCGCUCCAUGAUAGAGUCAUGUGUGUGCUCUCAAUCAAAUAUGUUGACGAAGUUAUAAUUGGCGCGCCUUGGGUUAUUUCUAAAGAAUUACUGACUGGGUUUAAUAUAAAAUAUGUAUGUGGAGGAACAGUGACAAAAGGGACUUCAGGAGCUUACCAUUGGAGAAAAGGCAGCAUUGAGGUAGAGGACUGUGAUCCAUAUCAGAUCCCAAAAGAAAUGGGAAUUUAUAGGCAAAUAGAAAGCGCGUUUGAUUUGGACACUGAUAUCAUCAUUUCGAGAAUUGUCAACAAUAGACUGAAAUUCCUGUCAAAGUUUGAGAAGACGUCUCAGAGGGAGGCAAAGUAUGUGGAGAACAAGGAGUAUAUUCCAGAAGCCUAA